UCCUCUCUCUCUACAGCAAUUCAAAACAGGGCUGGCGUCCGCUCCAUCUCUCUCUUCCCGAUCUAGGGUUCUUGGGGUCUGGGAGGAGGGUUAUCGGUCGAGAUCGGAGGAGUAGGUCUUGCGGGGCGCGCGAUGGAAAAGUACGAGAAGCUGGAGAAGGUUGGGGAAGGGACGUAUGGGAAGGUGUACAAGGCGCAGGACAAGGCCACGGGGCAGCUCGUCGCCCUCAAGAAGACUCGCCUCGAGAUGGACGAGGAGGGCAUCCCCCCUACCGCCCUCCGCGAGAUCUCACUCCUCCAACUCCUAUCCCGCUCCAUCUACAUCGUCCGGUUGCUGAAUGUGGAGCAAGUAGAGAAAAACGGAAAGCCGCUGCUUUAUCUGGUGUUCGAAUACUUGGAUACUGAUCUCAAGAAGUUCAUCGACUCUCAUCGCAGGGGAACAAACCCCAGGUCGAUCCCCUCCCCAGUCAUUCAGAGCUUUUUGUAUCAGUUGUGUAAGGGAGUUGCACAUUGUCAUAGCCAUGGCGUGCUCCACAGGGACCUGAAGCCUCAAAAUCUCUUGGUCGAUAAAGAGAAGGGCAUCUUGAAGAUUGCUGAUCUUGGGCUGGGAAGAGCCUUCACAAUCCCUUUGAAGAGUUACACACAUGAGAUUGUUACUCUCUGGUAUAGAGCACCUGAGGUCUUGUUGGGAACAACCCACUACUCAACUGGAGUGGAUAUAUGGUCUGUAGGAUGUAUCUUUGCUGAAAUGGUGCGAAGACAAUCUCUUUUUCCUGGUGAUUCCGAGUUGCAGCAGUUACUUCACAUCUUCAGGCUGUUAGGGACUCCAACUGAAGAGCAAUGGCCUGGAGUUGGCUCGCUGCGGGAUUGGCAUGCCUAUCCACAAUGGAAACCUCAGAACUUGGCACGUGCAGUUCCAGCACUGGAACCUGAAGGCGUUGAUCUUUUAUCGAAAAUGCUUCAAUACGACCCAGCUAACAGAAUCUCAGCUAAAGCAGCAAUGGAGCACCCCUACUUUGAUUCCCUGGACAAGUCACAAUUCUAGUGCCUUUUUCUUUUCCACCAAGAGAGAUACAAUCCAUAGGGAAUCUGAGCUGCUGAAGUCGGAUUGGAUGGGAAGAAUAAUGUUUACUUGAUCAGGGUUUGGCAAUAUUAGUAAUUGCCACAGUGUGACCUUAUUUCAGAUAUUGGUUUGUGCUUUGAUCUUCCAAGCAUGUCAUCAAAGUGUUCUUUGGCACUUGCUCAGUACACUGACCGUAAACUUUUUCAUCACCCAAUGUUUAUUCAGGAAGCUUGCUUGGUUUGGUGUUGAUGGACUUGUUUGUUCAUCAUUCUUUUAAGGUCUACAAUGUAAACAAGGAUUGAUGUUGUCCGGACUUUCUAACUUCAUUGUUGUCUGUAUCAUCAAUUGCGUUUAAUGGCACAACAUAUAAUUAAUUA